AUGUCUUCUACAGUUGUUUUGAUUACUGGUGCAAAUCGAGGACUUGGACGCGGAUUACUUGAGCACUACCUCUCCUUGACCAACCAUAUCGUCGUCGCAGCCGUUAGGAGUAUUGAGCACGAAAAAAGCCGUUCGUUGGCAGAGAUAUCCUGUGGACACGGAUCACGAUUGAUCCUCGUCAAAAUCGAUAACACUUCGGUCUCGGACGCUAGAGAUGCCACAGUUACUCUUCAGCACGAAUUUAACAUACAGCAUAUCGACAUUCUGAUUGCAAACGCCGGCAUCUGCGAGCAUUUAUUACCGCUGAAAGAUGCCAGCUUGACCGAAAUAAACCGGGUCUUAGCUGUCAACACGUGGAGCCUUUUGCGUCUUUAUCAAGCGGCAUUGCCAAUGCACCUUAGGGCUUCUAGCCCAAAGCUUGUGUAUAUCUCAUCAGUCUUGGGAAGUAUAUCAUCAGCGUCGAAAGACACGGGACAUACGGGGGCUUAUGGUUUGUCGAAGGCGGCUGGCAACUUUUGUAUUCAAAAGAUUAGAUCUGAGAACGAUCAUCUGAUUGCCAUGGCAAUAGAUCCAGGGUUGGUACAGACUGACAUGGGAAAUCGAGGAGCAAAAUUCGCGGGUAUGCAUGAAGCACCAGUUACACUGGGAGAUAGCGUCCAAGGUAUCGUUUAUCAGGUAAUGUAUUGUAUCAUUGCAAUUCCAGACUCUGGACAUUAUAGCUCAUACUUUAACAGAUAA